AGUCCAAUGUGAGCCUCACUUCGCUGCAGUCGACGGCACAGCUCAGUAUGCCGCGUCGCCGCAGCCGAACGCACAUUCACGCUGCUGCAGCCGACAUAAUUUGUAAUGUUUUAUAUUUGGAAAAUGUGCAGGGAUAUUCCAGUAGGCGUUGCCUGAUACCGUGGGGAAGUGUGCGCCGAAUGUUCUUCCUGCAGCUCUGGUGAGAUGCUCUGCAUUUGCCAUGGCAAGAGGUCUGUUUCCAUGGGGGUUCUUCACAAAGCCUCUGUACAUCCAGGCCAAAUUUUCCUACCUUCAUAUGAAGUACCUGUUCUUUUCCUGGCUGGCAGUGUUUGUGGGGAGCUGGAUUGUGUAUGUCGAGUACUCGUCCUACACAGAGCUGUGUCGUGGACAUGACUGCAAAAAUUCAAUAUGUGACAAAUACAAGAAAGGAGUCAUUGACGGCUCGGCCUGCAGCAGCUUAUGUGAGAAAGACACGCUUUACUUGGGGAAGUGCCUUACUGUCAAGCCCAAAAGCCAGGUGUACUCUGGGACCUGGGGGGACCUGGAGGGAGUCAUUAAGUGCCAGAUGCAGGAAGCUCCUCAUGAUUUGGGAAAUGAGAUGGAGCCCCGAAAAGAGGCAGUGGCCUUCAACAAGCCCACCAAGGGGACUUCUGUGGAAAAGUUCAGAGAGAUGAUCAUCAACCACCUUAAGGCUAAAGUGGGGGAUCAGGCAAACCUUGCAGACCUGGCGACCCAGGUACUGUCCAUAACAGAUGCCAACAAAGACGGUCACAUCUCUCUGCCCGAGGCUCGCUCCACGUGGGCUCUGUUGCAGCUCAAUGAAUUCCUGUUAGCAUUAGUCCUGCAGGACAGAGAGCACACGCCCAAGUUACUGGGCUUCUGUGGAGACCUGUAUGUGAUGGAGAAGGUGCCAUAUUCUCCCCUGUACGGGAUCAGUCUGCCCUGGAUCAUCGAGGUGUGGAUUCCUGCCGGUCUGCGCCGCAGCAUGGACCAAUGGUUCACCCCCUCUUGGCCACACAAGGCCAAGAUCUCCAUCGGACUGCUGGAACUGGUCGAGGACGUUUUCCACGGCACAUUUGGCAGCUUCCUCAUGUGCGAUGUGAGCGCCACAAGUUUUGGCUACAACGACCGUCACGACCUGAAGGUGAUGGACGCGCGGUACAUUGUUCCUGAAGCCAUCUUCCAAGAAACCAUGAGGCAGCAACGCUGCGAUGUGGACGAGGAUUGUCUCUACGGGGUAGACUGCCUCACUUCCUGUGACCUCACCAAGCACCGCUGCACACCCGAGGUGACCAGGCCAAACUUAGCCAAAGCCUGCGAGGCACUCAAGGACUACACUCUGAUAGGGGCCCCGUCUGAUGUCAGGGAGGAGCUGGAGAAGCAGCUGUACGCUUGCAUCGCACUGAAAGGUUCCGCAGAACAGAUGGAAAUUGAGCACUCUCUAAUUCUGAAUAAUCUCAAGACUCUGCUAUGGAAGAAAAUAUCUCAUACAAAAGACUCCUAAUAAGUGUUUAGAGGCACAAAGACCAAUUCUCUUUUUAAAUAUUGGACAGUGUUUCCACUGUGCAAACAGAAGUAUAUGAUUCACCUUAUAUUUAUCUUGACAUGUGUACCCGUUUUAUCCUGAAGUUGUCAAGGAAUGUCCCUUUCAUAUGAAAUCAUACAAGUAAACUUUGUUAAUAUACUGGUGCAAAAUGAGCACAUGCAAUGCAGAAACUGACAGUGGGAAAUCAAUAAAAUGGAUUUAACUGCAGACGCCUGAACAGGGAGUGCUUGUUUAACCCUCUGUGUUGUCUAGUACUUGUUGAGCACUUUAAACAUUUUGAGAACUUUACACUUUGGUCUAGAAGGUAUAUUGGUUUGUAGAAAUGAUCAUUGCAUAUCGAACUAUGG